AACCUUUUAUAAUUCUUUUCUUGGUUGACGAGCUACCGUGUCGCGUAUGCGGCUGUAAAUUUUCUUUUUUAGUAUUUUGAAAUACACAUGGUUUCUUAUUGACUGAUAGGAAAUAUUGGAUUUAGUAAUCAAUUAUUAUUGCAAGGCUUUAGUGCAGUAGUUAAAUAACGAUGAAUUGUGUUGUGAUUUAAUGUAGUGAUACUGCAGUUUUGGAGGUAAAAUGCCCGCUUCCAUUUGCGACCCAGUAUCUAGCGCAUUGCGUUUAUCUUUAAGUACUGAAGAUUCUCAGAGUUCAUCAAUAUUAGACAGUAGACUUUAUUCAUCAGCUAAAAGUGUUCUUUUAACUAAAAUUGAAUUUGAAGAAUCUGGGGAUUUCCAAAGUAAUGUACUAGAUGGUCUGAAGUCUAAGUACGUGGUGAUUCGAUCCAAAAAGCCUGUACUGGAAAGUAAACUUCUGAAGAAAGACGGAAUUUCUGGAAAUCAUUCUUCUGAGAACAAUAAGAAUGGAGAAGAUGGUUUACCAAAACCUAAGAGAACAUUAUUCCCUGUUGAUAAAGUACAAUUGGGAUGGCAUACUGCUUGGGCUGCUGGUGCUGGUAUGCAGAAUGUUGGUAAUACUUGUUACCUGAAUUCUACUUUGCAAGCACUAUUUCAUGUGCCUGCAUUAGCUAACUGGCUGGUUUCAGAAGCACCACAUGCAGAAAAAUGUAAUCAACAAGAAGCUUGUGUCAUAUGUGGUAUGCGUGCUACAUUAAUGGCCACCCAAAAGAGUGGUGGUGCUCCUAUCAAACCUUGGCAAGUGUACUCCAAGUUACGUCUUAUAUGCAAACAUUUAACACCUGGUCGGCAGGAGGAUGCUCAUGAGUUCCUUAGAUAUCUGGUAGAAGCAAUGGAGAAGUGCUAUUUGUCGCGAUUUGUCAACACUGAAAAGUUGGAUCAAUACAGUAAGGAGACAACCCCAUUGAAUCAAAUACUCGGAGGAUACUUACGCUCCACAGUUCGUUGUCUUGCUUGUCAACACCUUUCUACUACUUAUCAGCACUUCCAGGAUUUGUUAUUAGAUAUUAGAAAGCAUUCCACAUUGGAUGAAGCUUUGGAUUCAUUUUUUUCAAGAGAAAGAUUAGAGGACUUAGGGUACAAAUGCGAAUCAUGCAAUAAAAAGGUAUCAGCAACAAAGCAGUUCUUUAUAGAGCGUGCUCCUAUGGUACUUUGCAUUGCCCUAAAGAGAUUCUCAUUAGCUGGCGGAAAGCUUUCCAAACAUGUGCAAUUUCGAAAGAAGAUCACAUUAAAUAAAUAUAUGUAUAAUAAAAAUAAUCACCAGUAUUUGUCAUACAAAUUAGUGAGUCUAGUAACACAUCUUGGUCCAUCACAAAAUUGUGGCCAUUAUACAGCUAUAGGCCAAGCACCAAAUAGUAAUUAUUACCAGUUUGAUGAUAGUAGUGUCCGGCCAUUGCCAUUGUCAGCUGUGCUUGGUACAAAUUCUUACAUUAUGUUUUUUGAAAAAGAUAACAAUAUUGAUGACAUGUCUGUUCCCACCGCAUCAACUUCUAGUGCUGUGUAUGGUCCUCAGUUGCCAGAAAAUAUAUCCAAUAGAGAAAAGAGUCCCCUCAAGUUGACAUUUUAUAGAAAUGAUGAAAAGAAACCAAUAACUUUUAAUACCACUUCCACUGAAGUAUACAAAUCAGAAAAUAAACCUAUAAUAUUAAAUACUACACUGAGCAAGUCAUCAGAUUCAGUCAAUUCUAAUUCUGAACCAUGGGUUGUUAAACAGAAUGGUGAAGUUGAGAAGGUGACACAAGCGCCGAAAAUAUUAAAUGGGAUUGAUAAGUCUAACUAUAAAAUAGAAGAAGACAAAAAAAUAAGUUUUAUAAUAAAGAGGCAAAUCAGUGAUGAGUGUCAUAUAAAAUCCAAACUUUCAAAAAGUGAUACUGACCUUAGAAUAAUAACCAGCAACCAUUCCAAGGUUCCUGAGAAGUCUGCAUCAACAAGUAAACUUAUUAGGACUCAAAAAUCGCCUUUAGAGAAAUUGGAAGAACAAAUGAAUAAGAAUGAUCUGUCCAAUCAUAUUCAUAGAAAUGGUAAUUUAAAUUCUAGGCUUGUUCCUUAUGAUUCAGAAUCAAGUGGAGAUGAGCGUAGUGACAGGUUGACUGAAGAUAGAUUAAAAAAAGAAAGUCCUAAAGAGGAAGGCCAAAAACCAAAGCCAAGUAGGUGUUUGUCACCGCAAGCUCUUAUUGUUACCACAAAGGGAAUGCAUCACUCUUGGACUGUUUCUAAAGAGAAGAGUGGACCUCUGCUCAGCCCUAGUUUAAAUGGUGUUACCAAUAAAAAGGUGAAAGAGAAGGAAGAACGACGUGCUGAAAGUGAAGAUAGUGUUAAUACCAGUGUGAGUAGUAUGUCCCCGCUGAGCGAUCGCAGCGAGCAUGCGCAUGUACCGGCAGUGACGACCGCGGCCACGCCGCCCGCAGCCUCGGUGCCCUCGGCUGCUCCACAGCAGUCGUUGCUGCCGGGCGAGGCCGCGCGUCACCUCAAUUCAUUGUCUCAUCGUGGCUACGGGGCACCUAUCUCUUCAUGGAAUGGCACACAAAGUGUGCUGUCGAGACAGGUGUUCGAGGAAAGACGUGAGGAACGCAAACGUGCCCUCGAAGCUACAGAUGAGAUGGAUCGUGGUCGUAAUAAAAAGAUUAAGAAAUUUCACCAUUACAACCGUUUUAAUAAUAACAGGAAUGGAUAUAAUCCCUUUCAGGAAAGACAGAACAGACCACACUGGGGAGGCAAUUUCAAGCACCGCGCCGAGCGACGCCCUCCGCAUCAUUUCAAUAAACAUCAUAAUAACAAAUACAAGCCACGUUUCAACAGGUAUAACAAUGGUCACCACUACACAAGCCACCAUUGACCCCGGUUGGCCAAUAUGUUUUUAACUGUAUAUAUAGAUAGAAUAUUGAUUUAAUAUUUAGUCAAUCUUAUGUAGUAAGCAAGUCAUGGUGAAAAUAUUUAGGAUAUUAGGUUAUAUUACACUUCUGACUCCAUGUUGCUGAUUACGGAAACCUCACAAAUUAGCAAAAGGGAUUCAUAUUAAAUAUACCAUUUAAUUAUGUAAAAUAUACAUAGAACUGCCAGUUCUUACAUGCGUAAAUUAAUAAUUUUGUGUAAUAAUUUUUUUUAAUUAUAGCUAUAACAAAUCUCUGUGUCAUUGUUAUUAAUAAACGAUACAAAAUUGCCUCAAUAGUUAUAUUAUUGUAUUAUAGAAUAUAAAAUAUUAUUGUAUAGAACCAGAUUUUACGACAACACCUAUUUUCAUUCCAACUUUUAUACAUCAAAAAUCUCCUUAAAGUCAGUUGAUAAAAGUUAUAAUAAUGGUCCACUUUGUUUACCGUCAAUGGUUCAUUUUUUGAAAUUACGAUGCCAAUACAAACAAUGCUUUGCAAUUUCUUAAAAACAAAAUGAAUAUAUAUACUAAAUUUCAACCUGUCGAACAGUCAGUUUGUCGUGUUUAUUAUAAUUAUUAACGAGAUUAUUACAAAAUGAUUAUUUUCUUACGACAGAAUGAAGGUGGUCUAUUAUUUUUACCUAAGAGAUCGUAUGUUUGUAAUUAUAAUUUGUAUAUAGUCAAUGCCAGGUCAAUAAGUGCAUUUAAGUUUGCUCGCGUUCGUUGUCUAAUAACAGAAUUAUUAUCACUGAUAUACUAAAUAAUAAUAUGAUAUGCGAUUUUUUGUUAGUAUUGGUGCAUAUUGUCAACUAGACAUCACAGAUAAAAUGUUGUUAAAGGCAUAAGUUUCUUAUAUUGUUUGAACCUCUAUUGUCUCAUUAUUAUCACCAUAUUAUGCAGCCGUUUUAGAUAUUGAAAAAUAUACUUUUAACUAAUGAAACUGGAUUCAAUAAAUGAAUGUUUAAUUUGUAUUGUAUAGAUUAAUAAAAAAAAAAGAAUUUAUAACUAUAUACAUUGUAACUGUUAUGUUUGCACUAUGGUAUUUGCUUACCAAGCGGCUGGUUUCAGCGAAAAAUAUCUUUUUAAAUAUUUUAGUUUUACAUGCAAGACCCAGUGUUUAAAAUAUUUUUUCAAAUACUUUGAUUUUGUUUAGAUCUGUAGCGAGAGGUCUCUUAAUUCAAUACGGAUAAAUGAGUUAUCUCAUUUUUUGCUGGAACUAAUUUUAAACAUGUGAAAUAAAACACUCUUCUUCGAUUAAAAUAUUAAAUGCAUUUAUUUAUACUUUCAUAUAAGUAUGUAUAGUAUACGUAAUAAAAUACUUUAUGAUCUUACUGGACGUUCCGAAAGAAUAAAAUACUUGUUAUAUAUGCAUCAUAUAAUACGACUCAUUUCGUAUAACUCGGCAAUGUACUAGCCCAUUAUUUUAUAAAAUUACACCCUCGACGGGAUGCCUGUUAGGCGAUUGGAAAAGCAAAUCAUAUUAAUUUCUUUAAAGCGACCAUUGUAACUCCUCCGGUUUAAAAAAUUCAUGUUUGUAACCUUAAAUGUAACUAAAAUUUAUCUGCGGUUCUAAAAUGUUGAAAGUUCAAAAUAUGACCAUAAAUAUAUGUUGUAAACAUCAAAUGUGCGUAUUUAACGAGUAUUGCUUCCUUUAUGUAUUUUCAUAUUACGCAAUAAUUAGGUAUAUACAAUAUUUUUCCAAUUGCAUUUCACUUUUAUGAAUGCUGGUUACAAUAUAGACAUUGUAGUAGUGUGUUGUGUAAAUAAGUAGACUAUUUGAUAAUGAAUUAAAGCAAAACAAUUUAUUUAA